AUGUUGGAAUCUAUUCCCGGCAAAGUCUUUGUUGUGGGUGUAGUGCUACUCAUUGCAUUCGUAUCUUAUUCAUCGCAACUGGUGUUGUUUAUACCUGCGUAUGGCGGAUGGAACUACACAAGCCUCACCACGCUGUUACCUUUAAACCUGCUAGUAGGCAUGGUGUUUUACAACUACUAUCUCUCAGUAACCACAGAUCCUGGAAAGAUACCCGUACAUUGGGAACCACCAUCGUCUCUCGUUGUAUCAAAAGAAAUCACUUCAGAAGGCAUCACUGGACCAAGAUACUGCAAGAGUUGCAAUGUGUACAAACCACCAAGGAGCCAUCACUGUCGUUAUUGUGGACGCUGUGUGCUGAAAAUGGAUCACCAUUGCCCUUGGAUAGACAAUUGCGUUGGAUACGAUAACUACGGCCACUUCAUGCGUUUCAUCAUUUACGCAGACAUCGCCUGUUCGUAUGUGAUACUGCUGCUGAUUGGGAGAGUGAGAGCCAUCAUGGAUGCAAUUCGACAUUUUCAAUUCGAUGCGGAGCCAGACACAACGCAAAUCGUAUUCAUGGUGCUCAAUUUCGUGCUCGCUUUUAUUGUCGUUUUUUGUGUUGGCAUCUUGACAUGCUACCAACUCUAUUGCAUGUCAAAAAAUCAAACAAAUAUCGAAUCUUGGGAGAGGGGAAAAGUGGAGGGACUUGUCAAGCGAGGAAAGAUUCCACCCGUCAACUACCCCUUUGAUAUUGGAUUUUACAGGAAUUUAUGCGAAGUAUUUGGUCAAAAUCCAUUGACAUGGCUAUGGCCCAAGAAAAUGCAGGGUGAUGGGUUAUCUUUUCCGGUUACGCCAGAGACAGAUCCUCGUUUGCCUUACUACUGGCCGCCAAGAGACCCAGAUGAUCUUCGUCCCUCCAUAUUUUCAUCUCGAUACAAAAGACGACUGGAAGCCCAACGACUGUUGGCGGAGGAUCCCGAUGCAGUGUUGGAAGAAUCAGACGGAUAUUACGAUUCUGGGAGUUUUGUGAGUGACAGCGAAGCCGAGUAUUCGAUCGAAGAUGAAGAGGAGGGCAUGCGGCAUUUGGUGAACAAUCGUCUAUACGAUUUAUCAGGCACUUACUUUGAUGAUACCCCACCUACAGGCCAGCAUAGACGCAACACCCAUGGACCAGCCAUGGAUGAUAGUCUCAGCAGUGACAGUGAUACAAUCCCGCUGUCCACAUUUGCCUCCAAGAAAAAGAUUCCCUCUUCAAAAGAAGAUUAG